AUGGAGAGAGGGAGCACCAAGGAGCAGUGGUACCCUUCUGUUGUCCUCUCAACCUACAGCCAAAUUUUGAUUCAAUAUCGCGCAUUGCAGAAUCAGAAGAUCUACCUGUAUAAGUUCGACUACGAGCUGAAACGUCUCAACGAAUAUAAGGUGACGCUGUUCGCCGAAGAUGAUCACUUCUGCCACACUAGCGACAUAACUACGUUCUUCAAUACGUCGUCGAUAGAGCCCACUCCUAAAUCUGAGGCCGCCAAAAAUUUAGGAGUUCAGCAAGCAAAACCGCUGAAUAUGUCGCUUAUACAG